GGGCGGACACCAGUUUCCCGCGGUCUGAGGUGGCGCGGGCGGAGAAUUGCUCUUAAAGGGCCAGCGUACGCGCGUCCUUUUGUUCCGGAGCCGCAGGGCGGGGCAGGCCCAACUUUCGCUGUCUCCUUGCCUACUCUCCAGAACCGCCAUGAUCUCCCAGUUCUUCAUUCUUUCCUCCAAAGGGGACCCGCUCAUCUACAAGGAUUUCCGCGGGGACAGUGGCGGUCGGGAUGUGGCUGAGCUCUUCUACCGGAAGCUGACGGGACUGCCCGGAGAUGAGUCCCCGGUUGUCAUGCACCACGAUGACCGUCAUUUUAUUCACAUCAGACGCAGCGGCCUCUAUUUGGUGGCAACAACUUUAGAAAACAUUUCUCCCUUCAGCCUCCUAGAGCUGCUCUCCCGGUUGGCCACUCUCCUGGGCGAUUACUGUGGCUCCUUGGGCGAAGGGACCAUAUCCCGCAAUGUGGCUCUUGUCUACGAGCUCCUGGAUGAAGUGCUGGACUAUGGCUAUGUGCAAACCACAUCCACAGAGAUGCUAAGGAAUUUCAUCCAGACAGAGGCUGUGGUCAGCAAGCCCUUCAGCCUCUUUGACCUCAGCAGUGUUGGCUUGUUUGGGGCUGAGACACAGCAGAGCAAAGUGGCCCCCAGCAGUGCAGCCAGCCGCCCUGUCCUGUCCAGCCGCUCUGACCAGAGCCAAAAGAAUGAAGUGUUUUUGGACGUGGUCGAGAGGCUGUCUGUGCUGAUAGCAUCUAACGGCUCGCUGCUGAAGGUAGAUGUGCAGGGAGAGAUCCGGCUCAAGAGCUUUCUUCCCAGUGGCUCUGAGAUGCGCAUCGGCCUGACAGAAGAGUUUUGUGUGGGGAAGUCAGAACUGAGAGGUUACGGCCCAGGAAUCCGGGUGGACGAGGUCUCAUUUCAUAGCUCGGUGCUUCUGGAGGAGUUUGAGUCUCAUCGAAUUCUCCGCUUGCAGCCCCCUCAGGGCGAGCUGACUGUGAUGCGGUACCAACUCUCAGACGACCUCCCCUCCCCACUCCCCUUCCGGCUCUUUCCCUCUGUGCAGUGGGACCGAGGCUCAGGCAGGCUCCAGGUUUACCUGAAGUUACGGUGCGACCUACCCCCAAAGAGCCAGGCUCUCAACGUCAGGCUGCACCUUCCCCUGCCGCGAGGGGUGAUCAGCCUGUCUCAGGAGCUGAGCGGCCCCGAACAGAAGGCAGAGCUCGGGGACGGAGCCCUCCACUGGGACCUGCCUCGGGUGCAAGGCGGCUCCCAGCUGUCAGGCCUUUUCCAGAUGGAUGUUCCAGGCCUCCCUGGGCCUCCUGGCCAAGGACCCUCCACCGCAACCCCUCCACUGGGGCUGGGCCCCGCCAGCCUCUCUUUUGAACUUCCCCGGCACACGUGCUCCGGCCUCCAGGUUCGCUUCCUCAGGCUCUCGUUCAGACCCUGUGGCAACACCAACCCCCACAAGUGGGUGCGACACCUGAGUCACAGUGAUGCCUAUGUCAUUCGGAUCUGAGGCUCCCCAGCAAAAUUUAUGGAGCCAGAGAAGGACGAUACUGUCUUUUCCACCCUUCCAGCCCGUGGUCAUGGACCUGGCUUAAGAGUCCUGAGAGUCCAGGGGAGCAAUCCUGGUUGACACGAUUGACCUUCCCGUGGUCCCUGACACAGGAAGGACUGAGGUGGAUCAGAAUUUAUAAAUCAAACUUUUAUUCUGAGGAACAGGCUAUACAAUAUCUAAAAAAAAGUAA